GCCAGUGGCCCUUUACAUGUCGCUAGCUAGUUAGCUACUUUAUUAGCCUUCUGAGAGUCAAGGCAAGACUUCGAAUAUUUUCUUACCUUUUAUACCCACGUAUGUAUUGACACCCAGACGGCAUUAGGCUAAUGAAGGAAACGGAGAGUAUAGCUCUCAAAAUGGGCUUGUUUCUGUUCUACGUUGGUCCUCUCAGAUCUACCGAGACAACCACAGAGGAGAACAGAGUGCUCUGUGAGGGUGUGAACAACCAGAGCUACGUUUGUGAGGUUGGACACUGCUGCGGGGAGUCACAGUGCUGCAGUUACUACUAUGAGCUGUGGUGGUUCUGGCUCGUCUGGGCCAUCAUCAUCCUCCUCAGCUGCUGCUGCGUGUGCCACCACCGCCGCACCAAGCACCGGCUGCAGCAGCAGCAGCGGCAGCACGAGAUCAACCUCAUUGCCUACCGGGAGGCACACAACUACAGCUCCCUGCCCUUCUACUUCAGGUUUCUACCAAGUUACCUCCUGCCUGACUAUGAGGAGGUAGUGAAUCUCCCCCCGUCACCUCCUCCUCCAUAUAGUGCCUUGAACACAGGCCAGCCUGCUGGUGCCAGCCCUUUGACUCCUGAGCACCCAGAUGGACUGAAUCCUCCUCUGCAGAACACUCCAGUCCCUCCAGUAACAGACACGCACUCUGCAAGGCCUAGUAUCGAGGAGCUCAGCCCUCCUAUGGGGUACAGCCAGAAAUCGAACAGCAAGCUCCACGUGGACCUGGAGCAGUGUGGGUCGGAGCACGUUGCCACGGCCGAGGAGCUUCCGAGUCAGGAGAAACAGGCAGGCGACCACAAGGAGCCGCUUAAGGACUCGGGUUCUGAGGCCUGCCCGGACGACAAGGAGAGGAAUGCCGGGCGGCACCGACGCUUCACGGGCGACUCGGGGAUCGAGGUGUGUGUGUGCAGUCGCGAGCAGGAGAGCGAGGAGCAGAAGGAGAUGGAGAGGCUGCUGAGUGACAGCCUGGAGACCACUGACUUCUGUGACGGCUGCAGCUCUUGCAGCCACGCCGCCUCCGGAGAGGCGGAGCCAGCCCCAGCCUCCCCAGAAAGGAGGGAGGACCACAGAGCAAUGCCCCUCCCACGGCCCCCAGUCUGCCUCCUCUUGCACACUAUCAGUGAGCAGGAAGGGCCGCACCAAUCUGGCAACACGGACCCCCAAAGCUGAACACAAGCACACAUGGACUUUUUGUUCUAUUUCCUAACUGUGUGGAUGUUGUGUGUGUGUGUGUGUGUGUAUGUGAGUGAGUGAGGAGUAGGGAGUUUAUACCAAACUCUCUUUUCAGUCCAAUGAAGCCUUUAACAGAUGUACAGUAGCACUUUCCUGCUUGUCGCCUGUCACUCCGAGAGGGUCAUCAUUAGGGAAAGAUGAGGGGUUCACAACUAUGGGAAGGCACAUGUAGUAAUAAUUUAAAAAUACCAGUGGUUGUAUACUGCUUGCGGUGUUGUAUCUGCAGUUUAUUUACAUGGCAUGAUUCAGGUGCUGCAACACGCAGUAAUGGGAGGAGAUCUCCGAUCACUGUCUGGAUACGAGACAGAACAGUAACAGCAAUUCAAGGGACUUAAGGUGCUGUACAGUCUUUUGAAACCUGUUGCUGCACUAUACAAAGCAGGCAACCGUUAAUUGCUAGACAGAGGAACACCAUGCAUUCCCGGUGGGGUCUUCUCUUCCCCCUGUUGCAUUAUUACCAAAUUGCUUGAAUUCUAUGCUUGAUUAAAGUUGUAAUGGGGAAGCAAAUACGUGCAUUUACCAAUGGAUAUGUUUAGCUAUUAACAUUUUGCACAUUGUAUAGCCUAUUUAUCUAUAACAGAUUUGUUGAGGCUUAGAAAUCAAUCAAAUAGCAGUGCGGUAUCUGUACAUCGCUAUCUUAAAUCACAGUAAACUCAUUUUUGUAGAUUAAAGAAAUAUUGAUUGAGUAACUUAGUACCAUUGAAUGGUGAUUGUAUUUUUGAGAACAUACUGGUUUCCCCGCAGUUGUGCUCCACACACGUGGCCUUUUAGUAGUAGUCAUUAGUGUAGAUCUUCAAUGUGAUGCAGACUUCUUACAUUUGUAACUCAACUGGGCAAAGAAAUAAAUGCCAAUAGUUACAUUGUCUCCAAAGACCAAAUGUACUGCUUAUGUAGUGUGCCUUUGGCCACAAAACAGGUGCUUGAAGCUUCAGAUAUGUUUCUUUGAUGUCAAAGAAUCUAUGCUCUAAAUGUGAUUUCUUCUUUAUUUUUGUUGAAAGCAGUUUGUUUUCUUCCACGUUUAAAAUUAA